AUGGAGUGGGGCAACUAUUCCAUGUAUGACGACUUUGUCCUCCUGGGUUUGUUCAGCAACUCUCCAUUUCCCUGGCUCCUUUUCGCCCUCAUUCUCCUUGUCUUUGUGAUCUCCAUAGCUAGUAACACUCUUAUGAUCAUUCUCAUCCGUGUAGAUCCCCGGCUCCACACUCCCAUGUACUUUCUGCUCAGCCAGCUCUCCCUCAUGGACAUCCUAUAUAUUUCCACCAUUGUACCUAAGAUGCUUGUUGAUCAGAUGAUAGGACAAAGGGCCAUUUCAUUUGCAGGCUGCACUGCUCAGCACUUCCUCUACUUAACUUUGGCUGGUGCUGAGUUUUUUCUCCUUGGACUCAUGUCUUAUGACCGCUAUGUUGCCAUCUGCAAUCCUCUGCGUUAUCCUGUACUCAUGAGCCACAAAGUCUGCUUAUUGAUCGUGGUGGCAGCCUGGCUUGGAGGAUCUGUGGAUGGCUUCCUGCUCACUCCAGUCACCAUGCAAUUCCCAUUCUGUGCAUCCCGGGAAAUUAACCACUUCUUCUGUGAAGUGCCUGCCCUGCUGAAGCUCUCCUGUACAGACACAUCUGAUUAUGAAACUGCCAUGUAUGUCUGCUGCAUCAUGAUGCUCCUCAUCCCUUUCUCUGUCAUCUCUUUCUCUUAUACCAGGAUCCUCAUUACUGUGUAUAGGAUGAGUGAAGCAGAGGGGAGGAAGAAAGCAGUGACUACCUGUUCCUCACACAUGGUGGUGGUCAGCCUUUUCUACGGAGCUGCUAUGUACACAUAUGUACUCCCUCAUUCUUACCACACGCCUGAGCAGGACAAGGCUGUGUCUGCCUUCUACACCAUCCUCACUCCCAUGCUCAACCCACUCAUCUACAGUCUCAGGAACAAAGAUGUCACAGGAGCUUUACAGAAGGCCUUGGGAAGGUGUUUCUCCUCAAGAAGAGUAAAUGCUUUCUAA